CGGGCUUAAAAAUGUUAAAUGAUAAAUGUCAGUUGACAAAAUUUGCUGACUAUUUUGUGAUUUGUGGACUCGAUCUGGAAAAUGGACUGGAAGCUGAUCUUUAUGCAGACGGUGUGACUAAUCUCAAUAUACCGCCACUUGAUCGAUCUUAUAAAAGUAAAACCCUCGCUCACUAUCCCGUUCAUGUGUCGGGAAAUCCAUUUGACUCAUAUGGAAUUUGUAUGCUCUCAUUGCCACAAGGCUUAAAAUUCCGUACACAGAAACAUGAAAUAACACCGCGAUUCCAUUCCUUCGCAAGCACGAGAGACGAUGGAAAGCGUUGUUAUGGAUUUUCUCUUGUUUUCUACGAAGAGACGAAGAAUGAAAACAUUUGUACGGCCAUGCAAACUCUUCAAUCAAUGUACAUCACUGACAAUGUACCUUCAAAGACGAGGGAACAGAGUCUCUUAUCCGAGUGUUAG